AUGUACGAUCUGCUGGUCAACAACAGGACUGAUCUCCAAGUCAGGCUGCAUCCGACUCUGGGCCCGCACGUGCCCGGGCUCAUCCAAAGCCCGGUGUCAAACAGCAAGGAGGUACGUGAGCUGCUGGACUUUGGUGCCAAGAAUCGGGCGGUGGGUGCCACCAGCAUGAACGCAAGCUCCUCUCGGUCACACGCCGUGUUCACCCUGGAUAUUCGUCUGAGCUAUUCAGGGGCGCAAGCUCGAGAUCUUCAGUCGAGAAUCCAUUUCGUGGACCUGGCUGGGAGUGAGAAACAGAAGAAAACGCACGCUUCCGGGGAACGGCUCCAGGAGGGCAUAGCCAUUAACCAGUCGCUCUCAGCCCUCAGCCGAGUGAUUCAGGCCCUGGCUGGAACUGCCGGCAGUGGCAUUCUGCCCGUCUUCCGCGAGUCAAAGCUCACCCUGCUGCUGAAGGAUGCACUCAGCGGAAACAGUCGUACAGUCCUCCUGGCCUGCAUCAGUCCUUCACGUGCGAAUUUCGAAGAAUCCAUCAGUACCCUUGAGUUUGCUGCUCGCUGCAAGUUGAUCAAGACGAACGCGAAAAAGAAUGAGCAGGAUAAGCGACAGCUGAUGGAGACGCUCUCGAAGGAAAAGCUAGAGAUUCAGGAAAGGCUGGAGGCAGAGAGGCAACAGAAGCUUCUCCUGCAGCAAGAGCUGGAGAGGGAGGUGGAGGAAUCCAAGAAGAAUCAGGACUUGGUGCUGAGAAUGCAGGAGGAGAAGCAGCGAAUCGAAGAGCGGCUGAGGGACUUGCAGAUCACUGAGCAGCAGCUACAGCUUGCGAGACAAAAGGAGCAGGACGAGAAAGAGAAGGAGCAGCAGCGUCUGCAGCGGCUGAACGAGGAGAAGGAGGCAGAACUCCAACAACGAUUGCAGCAGAUCGACGCCAGUCAUGCAGAAUCCGCAGAGAUGGAGCGCCAGCUCCGCGAGCAGCGCGAGCGGGAAGAGCGAGAGAGCAAGGCACGAGCAGAAGAAAUGCAGGAGCGUGAGCAGAAGCAGCAGCAAGAGCAGGAGCGCAUGCAGAAAAAGGCUCAAGAGCUCGCCGAGCUACAGGCGAAGCUGCACGAGGUUCAGCAGCGAGAGGAGGAGGAGCGACAACGGGCUGCCCUUACGAUGGAGGUCGAGCUGCGCCAGCGGAUCGAAGAAGAGAUGAAGCGCGUGCAGAACAGGGAGGAGGACCUGAAGCGAGAGCAUCAAGGUCUUCAAAGCCUUGAAGAAAGCUUGGCCUUGAAGAAUGCUGAUAUCGAGAACAAAGCUCAGGAGCAGAAGAUGUUCCGUGAACGCUUUCUGAAACAGCUUGGCAUAUCUGGCAUGGAGCAUGACAUGGAGGAUACACAGAAAAUCCCGCGUCUCGUGAACAUGAACUCAGAUCCUUCUUUGGAGGGCUGCUUGGUAUACUAUCUGCCACUGGGUGACACGAGAAUUGGCGCGGACCAGCAGCAAUGCGACGUCUGUCUUGCCGGACUCGACGUUGCUGACCAGGUCUGCGAGAUCCGAAACGACGAGAACGAGAAGCUGGAGGUCGUACCUUCACCAGAAGGCCUUGUUCGCGUCAAUGGCAUUCAGGUCGCAGAGGAAGGGCAGGAGCUCGAAAGCGGCGAUCGCCUCGCCAUUGGUCGGGCUCACAUCUUCCGAGUGGUGAUUCCUCAGAACAGCUCCGCAGAGAAGGACGAGGAGGAGGACUUCGAGACAGCAAUGAAGGAGCUCCAAGCCAACAGCGAGGUUGACCCUCGAUGGAGACGAGGAGUGGACGAUGCUGUCAUGAUCGUCAAGCAAAACUACGGCACAACAAAGGCCAACCUGCUGCUCGAGUCAGCCAAAGCUGCAUCCGAAGUCGUAGCUGAAGCCAAUGCCAUUCUGAAGACGGUGCAGAAUUUGAAUAAGGACUGGCGAAAGGGCGUCUCGCACUACGAGCUGGCUGUGCUUUUCCAGGCGGAUGGCCUUCCGGUCGUGUGUGUGGUGGCGAGACGCGAGGAGGAUCAAAUGUUUGCGGCUGUCCCGAUGAGGGAACAAGGCCGAGACGAUUUGGAAGAGAUAGCUUUUUCGGCGGGGAUCUGGGAGGCUGGCCGCUUCGAGGAGCAGCGGUUGACCCUCAUGUACGAGGCUGCUGAUGCUCUGAAGCGAAGGCCCACUCGAUGCCCUGCUGGCCUCCAGAACUUCCUGGAUUCUGUGGAUACCGGGAAGGAUCAGCCCAGCGAUCUGGACUGGGAGUUGCAAGCCUUUUCGGAGGUUGAGCUGGACACGUUCCAAGACCUCUCCACCAGCUACAAGGAGCUGCAGCUGUCGCGCAAAAAGAAGGAAGAGGAGGAACGGAAGCAGGAAGCAGGCGGCCAGGGCAUUCUCGACUAUCUCUUUGGAGGCCGCAGCAGGAAAGCUCCGGAAGAGAACAAAGAGUUGGUCUCCAAUGCACCUGCUCGGAUCUUCGAGUGGUUGACUGGACCUCUUCGUCCAGAGAAAGAGUCUCGACCAGAAAAAGAUCCAGAUGCUGCGGCGGCGGCUGCUGCCGAGAAGCUCAGGGCCGCAAGCGCCAAAAAGGCCCGCGAAAAUCGGCGCGAUGCCAGUGAGCCGUUGAAGAAUCGCAGGGCCUCGAUGGCGCCUCGAGGGACUUUGGUUCCCGAAGCAGGUGCCACUGGCCUCUUGGAGGUUCCCAAGUCCGCGAUGAAACGAUCGUCUUCUUCGUCGACGUCAUCCGCCCGGCGAGCCGCCGCAAAGGAUGCUUCUCCCAAGGGCGAUGUAUGGGCUGCUGCGGAGGACCUCUUGGAGAAAUUCAGCUCCUCACCCAAGGAGGACAUCCGCGUUGAUGUGACUCGAUUGGAGGCACCCAUCCGGAGAGCAAGCAAAUCUGGAAUUGAAGUGGUGCCACGGGAGCCUUCUCCUAUGGGUGGAAGCUCUGGCAGCCCGAGCGCGUCACAGGAAGAUGAUCGCCUCACCGUAGAGAUUCUCGUCAAGGAGCUUUUCAAUGACGACAAGCUUGGCGUUCGCCUGCGCAUGGAAGGGCUGGUCGUUAGCAACUUCGACGUCCCAGAGGCUGCUGACGUGGGGUGGCAUCUGUUUGAUGAGAUAGUGGCUGUGAACGGUCGUAGCGUCGGCACACGGGAGGAGUUUCGCACGGUUCUGGCAAAUGCACGAAAGCAGAUGCCCAUCGUCUUUACCGUGAAGCGGCAGCGUCCAAUCCUUGGCCACGGCAGGGCACGAAGGACCGUUGCCGGGGCUCGGCCACACACAGAGGCAAGCAGUGUUGGGCCUCGAGAUCGAGCAGCGAAGCGCAAAGCUCGGGCAAGCACCAGUGUACCGUACCGAAUAAAGGACACAGAGUAA